ACUGCCCCUCGAGAAGGCCCUUGCCAAGCUGCCUAGGACGUUGUCACUUUUGAAAACUUGGGUUCCAAUGCUUCCACUUGCGACAACGUCACUGAUGGCUUCAUUAAUCAUCCAGUACAAAAAAAAGGAGAUGUCUCCACUUGAGAACCUCCUCAGGACGCAAGGAAUGAUUUGCCGAAACAACAACACGAUGCCUUGCUCUAAUCCCGAAGAAACGCUUUUCAGGGAUGCAUUAUGCGAAGUAGACUUUUCUGGAAUGGCAGUAGAGUUGAUAUCAUUUGUUAACAGUGAUGGUAUUUCAGAUGUAUCCGUAGCUGACAUCCGCGAAGUCAUCAAGACCCUGUACGAUGCCUUUGGGAAGGUUACAAUGGAUCCACAGCUCAUAACUGAAGCGACAUCUAAACAUGCAAGCAGACUGACACCCUUUGAAAGAUUGAUAUUUCUCAAGAAGCUACAGGGUGUACAAAGAUACAGUAAUGACGCACAGAACAUUGCCGCUCUGCAGCAAUGGAGGAGCAGUGUAGAAACAACUGACGUAAAGGCCACAUGGAAAAAGUUGAACACGUUUGUGAAUGAAGUGAUAAGAACAUAUGAGCUACAGCAUGACGAAGAUAAGCUCGAGGAAGACGUAAGAAAAUUUUUCGGUGCAUCCCAAGAGCACCACAAAGGCGCUGACGCCGAGGACCAAAGUACAUUUUUCAGAUACUUGAACUGUGAGGAAACACGUACGAAUGACACGUCACCUGGCAACAUACUAUCGUUUCUGAAGAAGGCAACAGAAAUAUCGGAGGACAUCGAUAAUGGUCUGUCUGACACUACAGCCCAGUACAUUGGAUUGUACGCUAAAACACACACAACUAAAGCGAUUGAGCGGUUCAUUAACUAUCAUGGGAAUCGACCAGCACAUAGUGCUGUGAGGCUAUUUCUUAGCUCCUUGUGGAUGAUACACGCAAAGGCGAACAGUAUUCCAGCGUGGAACGCUGUGGCUCCAGCAAUGCUGGAUAUGGCAUCCAGCAUUAACAGACAUAUUGAGCUGCUUCCUCCACAGGAUGCAUAUUUUGUUGACACCGCGAAAUGGUCUACAGGAUCACGAGGAAAUACACCUGGUUCUUCUCUACAGGUGGUUACAAAAAGGCAAACAAUGUUGAAGAACCUUCUCGACAAAAUUAUUUCCAGGAGGUAUAAUGACCAAGCAAUGCUUAAAGAAAUCUUGAACGAUGUCGCAAAGAUUCUGGAUGUUGUGAACGAGUACCUUUGCCCCGACCACCACACUCCAAGUAUGCAACAAUCUAUCUACGCUGCGACUGUUACACUAUUGCGAAGCUUUCCAGACCCGGAAGAGUUGCUCUGCGAGCUGCCGCAAAGCACACUGGGAGAUGCUUACAAAUGGAUUUCAGACAGAAUGAACAUCCGAGGUUAUGUUGAAAAUGUAACACUGAUAAAAGCUGGAAAAAUCACCAGUGAAAAAUGCACAACGGCCUCAAAAGUAUUGGCCGAAGUAGCACGAGUUGUAUAUAAUUAUAUAGAGGCCAUCACCAGUCCUAAGGGACAGAAGAUGCUGAGUCUGUGCAUAGAUCGCAUCUUAAACGGACCUUUGUAUGACAACAUGAAAAGAAACCUUGCUUUUGGUUCACACGUCCUGAAGCUGGGAAAAGAAGUGUUGUUACAGAAUGUAAGGUCUACUAACACCAGUCUCCUGAGUUACUUAAUUGACAAGAUAACAUCUCAAUUACCUGUAUACGGUACAUUGCGUCAAGUAAUCUUGGAAGAACCCCUGAGAAAUUCAUUAGAAGACGGAACGUCUUCCACCAACUCGUCAUCACUCGAUUGGAUUCUGCAGUUCAGAGUAAAUUUAAACACGAUUGCUUUACAUAGCUUUUCGACUGAUUCACUUCGAAGCAUACUUUGUGCACUAAAAAAUGACACCAAGGCGCAGGCUUACCGAGGCAUCGAGACCUUGUGCAAUAUGAACUUGGAGAAUGCAACGAUACCAAGAGAAGCAGUUGACAAAUUGAAGAAACACAUAGCGGAAGCCCAGAAAAACAGCUUCUAUUCUGGCAGCUGGCUCUAUGACAUCAUAAGCAACUGGCAAGUACUUAAGAGACACUUCGGCGAGUUGCUGUUAUCAAGCAAAGAAUUAUCCUCAAUUCUGAGCAUGCCACACGGAUCAUCUUGGGACAUUAUUCUGUCAGCAUUCAAGUUAUUUGACGGCGAGAGCAUACACAGGAUGGCAGAAAGCUUAGGUGGUAUUCUGCAUGUUUUGGAUCCCAUCUUCUCGGGCGGAACAUUAGUUGACACCAUACAAGGAAUAGUAAAUGGCUUAAAAGGACUAGACAUUCUUGAAAAGGCUGGAAUGUUUGAUGUCAAGUAUGACUUGGAAGCUCUUCUGGCUAACAUAACACAAGCGAUGAAGACAUUAAACUGGACAGAAACAGACACAGUGCAUAAAAACCCUGUGACACGAGAUAUAACUAUUGAUCUCAGUAAGGUCAGAGUGAAAGAAGGUAGCCACAGUGGAAACCUCAAUGAACUUCUUUGCUCCUCUGAGGACAACAGUCAAGUUUUUGGGAACAUCACUCACCGUGAAAUUAUUAGGAAAAUACAGGAUGCAUCAUGCCGGAAAGACAAUGCCCUGCUUGUUUCAACGCCUCUAUCCGAGCUGAUAGUCGGAAAAAUAUUGAGAAAUAUCGGGGACAUUGCAUUUGAUGGCAUCUUGAAAAGCUCUGGUCUUGCUCGAUCAGGAGUGUCCUCUGCAUUAAAUAACCUGAGUGCGGCUCCGAAAAUUGUGCCCCUUAUCAGAGAGAAAUUUUCGCUUCUUGGAACAACACUAGAUGCAAAAACAUCGAAUGCCCUGGAAAAACUGAACGUCAGUCAUGACGGUGUGAGAGUGCUGGCAACCCCAGCAGCACUUCAACUUGUGGGUACACUUAUCUGUGGAAAACCAUUGAAAGCAGUCCAAGAGGAGUUCAAACUUCUUGAGGUAUCACCAAAAGAACCCACCUUGGACAAACAAGAAACUGAGGAGCUUCCAAGUGAAUUUUGUCGCCAUGGUUACGAACAAAUCAUGCACAUGACUGGUGGCCCCAUUAUCUGGGGGUUCUUGAAGCCAAUACUUCGUGGCCAACUGCUGUAUGCACCGAACACAGCAAAUGCCCACACAGUCAUGCACCAGCUGAACAAGACCUUUGAUUCUAUGUCAGUCAUAAUUGAUGCAUUGUACAUAUGGGGCCAGGGAACAUCUGGAUUAAAAUUCCUUAUUGAAGAGGAUGGUGCGCUUACUAAACUGAAAAAUUUGGUGGCAUCUGAAGAAUUGCAAGAAGUUGCAGAGAGAAUGCUGGGAAAAGAUAUGCAACAGUUCCUCGGGCAACUCGACGUGGACGACAUUCGGCACGAGCUCGGCGGUCUAAAAGGGCUACUCGAUUUCGUGGAGUUGGUCGGGAACAUAUCGCAGUGUUUCGAACUGAACCGAUUCCGUGGGUAUGACACGGAGGAUGCCCUUGAAGCUGCAGCGAUACGUCUCAGCCACAGAAGGCAGUUCAUAUCGGCUGUUGUCUUCACCAACUUGGAAGAUGCAAAGCCUUCAGGCAGUCCUUUGCCUCCCCAUGUGCAAUACAAGAUCAGGAUGGACAUUGAUAACGUACCCUUCACUCACGCAAUACGAGACAGGUUCUGGAGGCCUGGACCGAGAGAUGAUUUCCUCGACGACAUGAGAUAUCUGAGGGGAUUUGCGCACUUCCAACAGCUCAUCGACCAGGCUAUUUUAGCUGUACAAACCUCUGACAAAAUACCGCACUUUCCUCCAACAUACGUGCAGCAGUUUCCAUACCCUUGCUACCAAAAAGACAGCGUUGGAUAUUACAUCAAAGCUAUGCUUCCUCUAGUCUUCACGCUCGCUUGGAUUCUAUUGGUUGCUUUCUUCAUCCGUGAAAGGGUGCUUCCAAGAGAACUCCACUUAGAAGAAAUUAUGCACGUUAUGGGUCUCAGGCCUUGGGUUGACUGGACCGCGUGGUUCAUCAUAGCCGCUUUCAUCUCCUUUGCAAUCAUUUUCUGCAAUACUGUCAUCUUGACAACAGGAGGAAUUUUACCUCACAGCGACCCACUACUGACCUUUAUAUUCUUCGGUGCAUUUGCGCUUUCUGUCCUAAUGUACUGCAAUAUGAUCAGUACACUUUUCCGCACUGCCACUAUAGCAUCACUGACUGGAACAGUAGGAUUCCUCGUUAGCUUUCUACCAUUCGUAAUUGCGGUCAGCAUGGAAGCCAACCUGAAGCUGGGAGAGAAAUUAUUCAUCUGUCUGUUUAUGUCAUCGGCGUUUUCUUACGGAUGUUUGUACGUCACACGCUUUGAAGAGCAAGGCCUUGGAAUUCAUAGGGAUCUCUUGUGGAGCAGUCCCAUUCCAAAUGAUGACAUGAAUUUGGGAUACUGCAUUGCAGCGAUGCUCGUAGAUAGCUUGAUAUACUUUGCGCUUGCGUGGUAUAUUCAAGGACAAAGAGGAGGCAAUAGCAGCCGUCCGUGGUACUUUGUGUUCUGGCCUUCCUGCUGGAAUAGGCCCAAACGUGCCUGCGAUGGUGACUCCAUUUCUACUGCAAACCACCAAAAAGGAGACUUUCUAAAGGGCGAGGGAAUUGGAGCACGUGACCUUGGAAUUUCUAUAAGGAACCUCCACGUGGCUUAUGAACUUGGAAAAUCUAAUGAACGCGUUGCAGUCUCUGGACUCACAUUGGACUUCAAUGAAGGUCAGAUAAGCACCCUUCUGGGUCAGAAUGGAGCUGGCAAAACUACCACAUUAAAGGUGCUUACGGGUCAGUACCGACCGUCUUCUGGCCACGUGUAUGUCUAUGGGAGGAACGUCAUGGACCGCUAUAACCAUAUCAGAGAGUUCUUGGGGUACUGUCCUCAGUACAAUACAUUGUUUGGCAAGUUGACUGUUAGAGAGCACCUAAUCUUUUUCGCGAAGCUGAAAGGACAACUGUCGACGGAUGAAGCUCGAGACGAUGUCGAAAUCAUGCUGAAUCAAAUGGGAUUAAGACACGUAGAAGACCUGCAGGCAUGUCGUCUAUCCGGGGGACUACAGAGGAGGCUUUGUGUUGGCCUCUCGUUUAUAGGUGGUUCGAAAUUGGUAAUUUUGGAUGAACCGACCAGCAGCGUUGACCCGGUGGCACGUCGAAAUAUAUGGGACUUGAUACUAAAGUGCAAGGAGGGGCGUACUAUCCUUUUGACGACACAUCACAUGGAUGAGGCUGACAUUUUGAGCGACAAGGUUGCAAUCAUCCACAGGGGUCACUUGCUCUGCAGCGGACCUCCUCUGACUUUAAAAGCCAGAUUUGGUUGUGGUUACCAGCUGUCAUUGGCUCGAUCAUCCAACGAACCCAUAGGAGACAAUGAUUCUGGACACGCAUCAGCACAUUCCGCAGAAGAUGAUCUCACUAACAUUAACGGUCUCCUGAAACUAAUACGAAGUAUCAUACCGUCCGCCCUGCUAAUAGAAGAACACGGAUCAGAGGUCAUUAUCAGCUUGCCUCAGCGUGAUCCGGAAGGCAAUAUGUAUACUUUUUCCGAGCUGAUUGCACUUUUGGAUGACAACAUGCUCGAAUACGGCUUCAGCAAUUACGGCCUGUCCAGUACGACGCUGGAGGAAGUGUUUCUCAGUCUGUGCACCAUGUGCGAUGCAGGACGAGAUUUUUCUUCUGUUCAGACAGCUCACCAGUUUUCCAAGGUCAUUCUUCUCAAGGCUUUGGGAAAAGCGAAUGUCGAACCAGGUCCCGCACUGGACGAUGACGAUGUGGCAUGGACUGCAAAGGAGAGCUUUCCACUGACAACUCUUGAUGGAAGUUCCUUGAAAAUGCAGCAGUUACAGGCGUUACUGCAAAAACGGCUCUACCAUGCGGUCAGCGACUGGAAGGCCAUUUUCUUCAGCAUCGUCAUGCCUUGUCUCUUCAUUGCUCUCGCUAUGGGUUUCACUUUAAUCGUUCCCGCCACAAUGCCCGAGCCUCCGCUCAAACUGACAGCGGAGCUCUAUAGUCCUGGAACUGUAGCAUUCAUGAGGUUGUCUUUAUCAGAAAUGUACAAUAUUAAGGCAGUAUCUAAUGUUUUAUCUAUCCCUCGCAGUGCCAGCUCGCUCCACGAACGUUCUCCGAGCCUUCUCUCUGAAGCUACAAAUAUAAUCACAGAAUCUCAGAAUGAGGCAAACUUCUGGCUCAUUGAGAACGUUGACUUUCACGGUAGCAAUUGGAAGCAGAAAUCUCAUCAUGAGGGUCAGUGCAACUAUGCCUACUCGUCUAGCGUCGUUCCCAGAAAUACCACGGGGUCCUUUGAAACACCGUCUUCCAACGUCUUGUACAACAUUUCCGAGAUCAGUGUUGUCGAUUAUCUCAUCAACACCUACCCGGCAUUCACAGAGAGGCGAUACGGUGGAUGGUCCUUCAACAAGACGUACGCGAAAGUAUGGUUCGAAAACACUGGAUACCACUCGCUACCUGUGUACCAGACUGCUUUGAGCAAUGCGUUCCUGAAGUCGGCAAUAAGGAGAUCGAACCCGUCGAUACCUUAUUCGUCCGUAGGCAUAACAGUUUAUAACCACCCUCUGCACUUAACAUCGGAGCAGCUCGGCAAGCAAACUAUCAUCAACCACAUUGCCGAAGUGGGCAUCGCGAUCGUUAUUCUCAUGGGCCUGGCUUCCAUACCAUCACGGGUAACUGUGUAUGUCGUGAAUGAACGUGCAAGGGAUGAGAAGCAAGUUCAACGCGUCUCCGGAGUGGGUCCUGCCCUCUAUUGGACUGCUGCUUACAUAUGGGACAUGGGUUUAGUGCUUUGCACUGUCCUUCUGUCCGGUAUCAUCCUCAUAGUGUUCGGCCUACCAGUCUAUACCAGUAGACUUAACCUGCCUGCAGUGCUGCUGCUUCUUCUCGGUUUCGGAUGGGGGACAACUCCACUGAUGUACAUACUGUCAAGACUCUUUAAAGAAGCCAGUAUUUCCUUCAUGGUGCUCUACUGUGUAAACUUAUUCAUUGGGCUCAACAUCGCAAUCAUCAUGCUAGUUCUUGGUCUUAUGAAGCUCGACACGGAGAGCCGUCACAUCCUGGGCAUUACACAGAAGGUCGCAUUAGUAUUCCCACAGUAUUCACUUAUUGCUGGACUGGUUGACUUGGCCAAGAACGAAAUUCAGUCGGAGGUGUACGCCAUGUUUGGUCAGGACACCUACGAAUCCCCGUUUUCUAAGCACCUCCUGGCAUACAACUAUCUGGCCAUGUUCCUGGCAGGCAUUGGCUUCUUUUGCCUCAAUCUGUUCAUUGAAUAUGUCAACAAGGGAUACGGCUUCAGAAGACGAGACGAGCCAAGAGCGACAGAUGAGGAUAAUGAUGUGUAUGCCGAACGCAUUCGUGUCUCCAGUGAUGCGGGCAAGAGCGAUGUCCUCAAAAUCAUGGAUUUAGUUAAGGUCUAUCACGGGCGGCACCCUGCUCUGAACCACGUAUCAUUCGGCAUUCCGAAAGGAGAGUGCUUUGGCCUUCUGGGUGUGAAUGGGGCUGGUAAAACAACUUUGUUUCGGAUACUCACUGGUCAGCUUCAUCCAACACACGGAUCGGCUUCCGUUCAAGACACAAGCUUGAAAAAGGUUUACAAGAAGAACAUUCAGUUAUUGGGCUACUGUCCUCAAGCUGAUGCAUUGGAUGACCUCCUGACUGCUCGCCAACACCUAAUAAUUUACGCAAAACUGAGAGGGAUACAGAAAAACGAAAUUCAACCUGUGGUAGACUCUAUGCUGGCCAAGUUUCACCUUACGAUGCACGCCCGACAUAGAGUGAAGACUCUCAGCAGAGGGAACAAGCGGAAGCUCUGUGCAGCGAUCUCAAUGAUUGGAAAUCCUCAGAUAGUCCUUCUUGACGAACCAACAAGCGGAAUGGAUCCUGUAACACGCAGACUGGUCUGGAGUAAUGUUUCCAAAGCUAUCAGGAAUAAACAGUCAGUCUUGCUAACUUCACACAGCAUGGCUGAAUGCGAUAUCUUGUGUUCCCGGCUCGCAAUUAUGGUGAACGGAAGGCUCUGCUGCAUAGGCAGUCCCCAAUACCUAAAACAUAGAUAUGGAGCUGGUUACACUGUAACGAUCAGAUUGUCUGAAACAGCACUGGAUUGGGAGAAAGCUGUCACAUGGAUUCAAGCUACCUUCCCGAGGAUAGUCAUUAAGGCGCACCACUGCAACGUCAUAGAAUUCAACGUCCCCUCUAGAGAAGUUUCCUUGUAUUCCAUAUUCAAGUUCCUAGAGACAGAGGGUGUUAAGAUGGGCGUAACAGACUUUCUCGUCUCCCAAACAACGUUGGACCAGGUCUUUGUUAACUUUGUUCGCCUGCAAACAGAAGACGAGCUGCUAUGCCAAGCUGAAGAAUCUUUGUGUCCUUUGGCAGACAAGGAAAAACCUUGUUGGGAACGCCCUCAGGACAUACACGUUACGUCUUUUUUGGAAAAUGCUAAGGAAGCGGAGAGUGGCGACUGUGAUUCCGUUCAGACGAAGCUGUAGUGUUAAGUGUUGUGUGGAACUCCAUACCUGUGUGAUAAAGUUGUUGCUGUAUGA